UAAUCAUUGAUUUUCAUUUAAAAAGUUAUGGAUUAUUGUGUGACAAAUGUAAAGAGAAUAUUAUGAAAUGUAAUGUCUAUAUAUACUGAGAUAGAAAAUGAAGUGCAAGUAAGAAAGACGUGAAGCCAAUAAAAACAAAAAAAGCGAAACUGAAACAGAUUCUCAACAGUCACCGGCAAAAAUGUCACGUCUCGAGAACGAUCGUCCGCUUCUAACCGAUAGAAUCGAUGAGGAGGAAGAAGAGACGGCGUACGAAGAGACGGAGAAAGUUCACAUCGUGAGAGACGAGGACGACAACGGAAGGGAUCUCGAGUACGGCGUCGGAUGCGGCGGCGCGCCGCCGUUUUCGUGGAGGAAGCUAUGGCUUUUCACCGGACCUGGGUUUUUGAUGAGCAUUGCGUUUCUCGAUCCAGGGAACCUCGAAGGAGAUCUCCAAGCCGGCGCCGUCGCCGGUUACUCGCUUCUGUGGCUGCUCAUGUGGGCGACGGCGAUGGGGCUUUUGGUUCAGCUUUUAUCGGCGAGGCUAGGCGUCGCGACGGGCCGUCACUUGGCGGAGCUUUGCCGUGAGGAGUAUCCGACUUGGGCGGGUAUGGUUUUGUGGGUCAUGGCGGAAUUGGCUUUGAUCGGAUCUGAUAUUCAGGAAGUCAUCGGAAGUGCGAUUGCGAUCAAGAUUUUGACCAAUGGGAUUUUGCCUCUCUGGGCUGGUGUCGUCAUCACUGCUCUCGACUGUUUCGUCUUCUUGUUUCUCGAGAACUACGGAAUUAGGAAACUUGAAGCAGUAUUUGCGGUUUUGAUCGGAACAAUGGCAAUCGCAUUCGCUUGGAUGUUUGGUCAAGCGAAGCCAAGUGGCUCUGAGCUUCUCGUUGGGAUCUUGGUACCGAGGCUGAGCUCAAGAACGAUACAAAAAGCAGUUGGGGUUGUGGGUUGCAUUAUAAUGCCACAUAACGUGUUUCUUCACUCGGCUCUCGUUCAAUCGAGAGAAGUCGAUAAAAAGCAGAGAUACAGAGUCCAAGAAGCUAUAAACUACUACACGAUCGAGUCCACGAUCGCUCUCUUCGUCUCCUUCAUGAUCAACCUCUUCGUCACGACGGUUUUCGCUAAAGGGUUCUACAACACUGACUUAGCCGAUAGCAUUGGACUUGUGAACGCGGGACAGUAUCUUCAAGACAAGUACGGAGGAGGGAUGUUCCCGAUACUGUACAUUUGGGGAAUCGGGCUACUCGCUGCUGGACAGAGCAGUACCAUCACUGGUACUUACGCGGGACAGUUCAUCAUGGGAGGGUUUUUGAAUUUCAAGAUGAAGAAAUGGAUGAGAGCUUUGAUCACGCGUAGCUGCGCGAUUAUUCCAACUAUCAUCGUUGCGCUUGUGUUUGAUUCAUCUGAAGCUACACUCGACGUCUUGAACGAGUGGCUUAACGUGCUUCAGUCCAUUCAAAUCCCCUUUGCGCUAAUCCCGUUGCUCUGUUUGGUUUCCAAGGAACAGAUCAUGGGUAGUUUCAAAAUCGGUCCUUUGUAUAAGACAAUCGCAUGGCUUGUUGCUGCGCUUGUGAUAAUGAUAAACGGUUAUCUUUUGCUUGAGUUCUUCUCCUCGGAGGUUAGUGGCGUAGUCUAUACCGGUGUAGUGACUGUGUUCACGGCUUCUUAUGGUGCAUUCAUAUUCUACCUCAUUGCUCGUGGCAUCAAUUUCACUCCGUGGCGUUCUAAAACAGAGAUCUAGUCGACGAGAAUGAACCAAACAGAGACAAAUGUAGCUCUAUGUGUUUUGAUCAUUAGGAAAAUGAGUUAUCUUUUGUAUUAUAUGUAAUGUAUCAUAGAGUGGCUCUUGUGUUUUGUCUUGCUGUAACAGAAAAAUAGUCAUAAGAUGAUCUUUCUAUGUAUUAGUAGACAGGUCCAAGAAAUGUGAGUUAAUAAGAUCAUUUCACCAUCUGCUAUUGUUGUUGUGGAUUUUAACUUAAUGUAAUAGUAUCCAAAUUGUGAAAAAAAACUAUUUUUUUUUUUUAAA